UCAGGUGGUUGGGUUGCGAGUAUAGACUCCAAAAUGAUUCUACCUUCAUGGGAGUGAGGAAUGACCAGGCUCUUCUCUCUUGCUCAUAGAGUUGCGUGGGCCACUGUGAGGUACAGUCGCUGCGGCUGCGGGGAUUUCGGAAUGUUCUACGCAGUGAGAAGGGGCCGCAAGACCGGGGUGUUUCAUACCUGGAAUGAAUGUAGAACACAGGUGGACCGGUUUCCUGCUGCGAGAUUUAAGAAGUUUGCUACUGAAGAUGAGGCUUGGGCCUUUGUCAGGAACUCCGUGAGCCCUGCUGCUUCAAAAGGGAGAUUCUGUCUUUCAGGACAGAAAAAUGAACACUUGCAAGAAUCUCACGUGAAAGCCAACAAGCGAGUCUGGGAGUCGGUGGAUGAAGAGGAAGAUGAAAAUGCAGAACCAAGUGCAAAGCAUGUAAAACAAAAUACAGACUCAGUACCUUCAGUUAGCAAAGACACAUUUUCUUAUAUGGGAGAAUUUGUAGUUGUUUACACAGAUGGCUGUUGCUCCAGUAAUGGCCGGAGAAGGGCCCGAGCAGGAAUUGGAGUGUAUUGGGGGCCAGGCCAUCCUUUAAAUGUAGGCAUUAGACUCCCUGGUCGGCAAACAAACCAAAGAGCGGAAAUACAUGCAGCCUGUAAAGCCAUUGAACAAGCAAAGACUGAAAACAUCAAGAAAUUGGUUUUAUAUACAGACAGCAUGUUUACUAUAAACGGCAUAACUAAUUGGGUUAAAGGUUGGAAGAAGAAUGGAUGGAGAACCAGCACAGGGAAAGAGGUGAUCAACAAAGAAGACUUCGUUGAACUAGACAAACUCACCCAGGGGAUGGACAUUCAGUGGAUGCAUAUUCCUGGCCAUUCGGGAUUUGUAGGUAAUGAAGAAGCUGAUAGAUUAGCAAGAGAAGGCGCGAAGAAGUCCGAAGACUGACAGAAGUCAUUGUAAUUCUUGGGAACAUGCACUGGGGCUGUUUUGUUACUUUUACUUAUUGGCAUGGAAAAUAAAAGACUGGGGUGGACUAUUGCAGUUGUUGCAGUGGCACAGUUUUCUGACAGUCAGAAAGGCAGUAUAAUUCUCUUUGAAAUACAGUGGUCAGAUGUACAAUCAAUUGGCCAUCCUUUGAGAUUUCAGAAUUAUGUUUAUUGAACUUGGUACUCUUCUCAUUUGUUUUACUGUAGUUGGAAUGCAAAUGCAAACAAAGAUACUGAGUCUGGUGAUGUUAAAGCUGAUAAGGCAGCCCUUCCUUUGGGCAGAUAGAUGUAGCCCCAUGGCAGGACAAAGGUUAGCAGACAGAAUGUAAACUGGGUCUCGGCCUCACUUACCCUCUUGGGUGACACUCUUGGGUGACACUCCUGUUGUGCAUCAACUGCACAUAGGUAGUUCUGGCUGCUAGACUACAAUACAGGAACAGUACAGUUUUUAAAGACCAAUGUCAUAUAAAUAAAUAUUUUUAAAAAUGUC